UGAAAUCAAGCUACAAAUUUCAGGCCAAAUGGAUGAUUGCCAACUUUUGCAUUUCCUGAGUGCAUUCUGUGACCAUUCUAUCUGGGCCAUUCAUUUUUUAGAACAUCCUUCAAAGAGUUCAUGCAUCUUACUGAGGACACCUGACGUUUUGAAGCUUCAUAAUUCACAUCUUUGAUGUCACCAGUAUUUCCCAUGUUAACAGUUUUGACUAUGUUUUAUUAUCUAUGCCUUCGGCGCCGAGCCAGGACAGCUGCAAGAGGGGAAAUGAUGAACAGCCAUAGAACUAUAGCAUCAAACAGCCGAACUUCCCCUCUCAAUGCAGAGGUGGUCCAAUAUGCCAAAGAAGUAGUGGACUUCAGUUCCCAUUAUGGAAGUGAGAAUAGUAUGUCCUAUACCAUGUGGAAUUUGGCAGGUGUUCCAAAUGUAUUCCCAAGUUCUGGUGACUUUACUCAAACGGCUGUGUUUCGAACAUAUGGAACGUGGUGGGACCAGUGUCCCAGUGCCUCCUUGCCCUUCAAGAGGACACCACCUAAUUUUCAGAGCCAAGACUAUGUGGAACUUACUUUUGAACAGCAGGUGUAUCCUACAGCUGUUCAUGUUCUGGAAACUUAUCACCCUGGAGCAGUCAUUCGAAUUCUGGCUUGUUCUGCAAAUCCCUAUUCCCCAAAUCCACCAGCUGAUGUAAGAUGGGAGAUUCUUUGGUCAGAGAGACCUACGAAAGUGAAUGCUUCCCAGGCUCGUCAGUUUAAACCUUGUAUUAAGCAGAUAAAUUUUCCCACAAACCUUAUCCGACUGGAAGUCAAUAGUUCUCUUCUGGAUUAUUACACUGAAUUAGAUGCCGUUGUGCUACAUGGUCUGAAGGAUAAGCCAAUGCUGGCUCUCAAGACUUCACUUAUUGACAUGAAUGAUCUGGAAGAUGAAGACUAUCAGGAAGAGGCUGGCUGUGGAAUGGGCAGUCUGAACAAAAAGUUUAGCAGUGUUUCCCUAAGGGAAGGGCCAAAUAAUGGGUAUUUUGAUAAACUACCAUAUGAGCUCAUUCAACUGAUUCUGAAUCAUCUUACACUACCAGAUCUGUGUAGAUUAGCACAGACUUGCAAACUACUGAACCAGCAUUGCUGUGAUCCUCUGCAGUACAUCCACCUCAAUCUGCAACCAUACUGGGCAAAAGUAAAUGACAGCUCUUUAGAAUUUCUACAGGCUCGAUGCAUUCUCGUCCAGUGGCUUAAUCUAUCUUGGACUGGCAAUAGGGGCUUCAUUUCUGUUGCAGGAUUUAGCAGGUUUCUGAAGGUUUGUGGAUCUGAAUUAGUACGCCUUGAAUUAUCAUGCAGCCACUUUCUUAAUGAAACUUGCUUGGAGGUUAUUUCUGAGAUGUGUCCAAAUCUGCAGGAAUUAAAUCUCUCGUCCUGUGAUAAAUUGCCACCUCAAGCUUUCAACCACAUUGCCAAAUUAUGCAGCCUUAAACGACUUGUUCUUUAUCGAACAAAAGUGGAGCAAACUGCACUGCUCAGCAUUUUGAACUUCUGUUCGGAGCUUCAGCACCUCAGUUUGGGCAGCUGUGUAAUGAUUGAAGACUACGAUGUGGUAGCUAGUAUGAUUGGAGCUAAGUGCAAGAAGCUCCGGACCCUGGAUCUCUGGAGAUGCAAAAACAUCACUGAGAAUGGAAUAGCAGAACUGGCUUCUGGGUGUCAGCUGCUGGAGGAACUCGACCUGGGCUGGUGCCCCACUUUGCAGAGUGGCACAGGCUGUUUUGCCCGACUCGCGCGUCAGCUCCCGAACUUGCAAAAACUCUUUCUUACAGCCAACAGGUCUGUGUGUGACACAGACAUUGAAGAACUGGCAUGUAAUUGUACCAGAUUACGGCAACUGGACAUACUAGGAACAAGAAUGGUAAGUCCAGCAGCCUUGAGAAAACUCCUGGAAUCUUGUAAAGAUCUUUCGCUACUUGAUGUGUCCUUCUGUUCCCAGAUUGAUAGCAGAGUUGUGCUGGAACUGAAUGCUAGCUUUCCCAAAGUGUUCAUAAAACAGAGCUUUACUCAGUGACUUAGCUGUGUUCUGUGAUAAAAAUUAAUGUGCUUUUUGUAGGGUUUUGUGAGACUAGUUUUAUUUAUAAUGGUGAAAAUUGAGAUCUUUGUGGAUUUUAAAGAAAAAUAUCAAGUUGCUCAUUAAAUUAAGUAAAAAAUAUAAACAAAUGUUCAAAUAUUUUCACAAAAUAUGUAAGCACCUUUCUUCAAAAACAUGUAAAUGGCUGAUAUUAUUUUUGCCUGUGUUCAUCAGUGAUGGUAGUUUAGUGACUGUGUGGUUAAUAAAUAAAUGAUCUGGAAAAAUUUUAACUUAUUUUUAAAGGAAGUACUUUGAAGAGUAAAGUGUCAUGAUAUUAUACAUAAAUAAAUUUAAUUUUUCACACCUCCAUGUGAAGAUGCUUAUUAAGCCUUAUGACCUGGCAAGUGUUUUAUUUGAUAUGUACAAAAUUGUCAGAGCUAAUUGGAGGAAGGGAGGGGUGUGUUUUUCAUCUGUGAGGGUUUAUUUUAAGCUGAUACAUUACCUGAUCAAGUAGAAAAUUUGUAGUCUCUCUACUUUUAUUCUAAUAUGUUUAUCUAUUUCACUUCUGGAUAAUUCCAACAGAAAAAUGGAUAUUAUCAAGAAUAAGAACAUACUACUAAAUGAAAUCACUUUCUUUUAAGUGGAUGCCUUAAAAUUUUGCCAGAGGGGAAUAUUUAAGGCUUAUGAAUUCUUUAUGGAUUUUUGUGUAUAUGAAAUAUUAUUUAUUUAAUUUACAUAUACACGUGUAAUUUUUCCCAGUGUUUCAGCACUUGAUAUAGUUAGAAUUCAGGUAGGAAGAACAGUAUAAGGGACAAGAAAUAAAAAUGAAGCUUCGUUUUGUUAAUAAAUUGAGUUAAUUCUGCUACAAAGAAAUAGCUGAAAAUAUUUUGUGCUGUGAGAAGGCGGGGCUGUUCUGAAUACAAAGCUAAUAUUAACUGUGUAGUAUAACAAAAUCCACUUUCCCACUCAAGGUAAAAUGUUGUAUUCCGAAGUUGACAUGUCAAAGACUGAUCCUUUCUGACUGUGCUGUUAACAAGAGCCACCAGCCAUGUGUGGCUAUUUGAUUUUGGUUAACUUAAAUUCAAUUAAAAAUUCAUUUUCUCAGUUUAUAUGAAUCAUGCUUCCAGUAUUCGGUACUCACAAGAAUCUAGCAGUUAUGUUGGAUAACACAAAUGGAAAACAUCGCUCUUAUCAUGGAAACUUUUAUUAGAUAACAGUACCCUACAAUCUCUCAUGUCACAAGAUUUAUUCUGUUAUACAAAACGCAUUUAGUUCUGAAAUUACCACCAUGUAUAUGUGCGUAUGAUUGAAUACAGACAAAGUUGAGUGUGUUCUGAGUAGUAUGUAUAUGAUAAGCACUAUUCCACACAAAGCUACUACAUUUGUACAUAUGGCAAACAGUAGACAUUCAGUAAAUAUUUGUUGAAUGAAUAAGAAUAUACACAUAUUCAGCCAAAUGUCAAUUUUUAAAUGUAAAUGUUAUGCAUUACUAAUUUUACUAUGUUUAUUCUUUUGUAAAAUGUAAAAAAUGUGACUUUGUUACAUUUAGAAUAAUUAUAGUCUCCACGUUAAAAUAAAAUAAAGCGUGGAUUAGAGACUUUAUCUUGAUCAUACUCAUAGCGUCUUCCCAUCCAGGAUUCUCUUUAGUGAGAGAAGAAAGGGGCAGUUGGAAGGGGCCUGAGUUGCCCCCCAUUGUUACCCUCACAUGCUGGGUUUCCUUUCAUCUGCAAUUGUUUGUAGUGGAGAGGACUUGUAGGAUGUGAUUACCAGCCAUAUGGAAUAGUUUUCCUCUUACACUAGCAGCUGAGAGAUGAACACGUAGUGACUUCGUGCCUGGCACUGUAAAUGAUAU